AUGGAGGAACAGGCAAACACCGGUGUGUCUGUCCGAACAGAGAGAAAAGCUCUUGAAAAGGCUAAAAUACUUCAGCGAGAGACUCAGAGGCAAACGUUUAAAUUGGUUUCAAGAAUCUUAAAGAAGUCAGAAAGCGAACGGACCGAGGAGGAUUUGGCAAACUUACAGCGUCACCAGGACACUGUGCAGGAGCUUUGCAAGCGUCAGGUCCGAAGAACUCUCUUAAAAAGAAAACAAGAGGAGCUGUUUGACGAUGCUGAGGAGUUCAGGGCAAAAGUGAGGCAGCUAGCGGAGGCGGUACGCCAGGCGCGGCAUCUUGUCGUCUAUACUGGAGCUGGCAUCAGCACGGCUGCAUCCAUACCGGACUAUCGUGGUCCCAAUGGUGUGUGGACCCAGCUGCAAAGAGGUCGUGCUGUGAGUACCUCUGACCUUAGUGAAGCAGAACCUACUCUCACACACAUGUGUAUCAGGAUGCUGCACAAGAAGAACAUGGUACAGCAUGUGGUCUCACAAAACUGUGAUGGGCUUCAUUUACGCAGUGGGCUACCUAGACACGCCCUGUCUGAACUGCAUGGGAACAUGUUCAUAGAGGUGUGCACCUCUUGUUCCCCAGUGCGAGAGUAUAUCCGAUUGUUUGAUGUGACAGAACGCACGGCACUACACAGGCAUGGGACUGGGCGUCAGUGUAGCCACUGCAACGGAGAGCUCAGGGACACCAUCGUGCAUUUCGGUGAGCGGGGCACCUUGGAGCAGCCGCUGAACUGGAAGGGAGCAGCCGAAGCUGCAGAACAAGCUGAUGUUAUACUCUGUCUGGGCUCUAGUUUGAAGGUCCUGAAGAAAUAUGCGUGUCUCUGGUGCAUGAACAGACCAGCUAACAGAAGACCAAAGCUGUACAUAGUUAACCUACAGUGGACACCAAAAGACGACUUUGCUACUUUGAAAAUUCAUGGGAAAUGCGAUGACGUCAUGCGUCUUCUGAUGGAGGAUUUGGAUAUUCAAAUCCCAAAAUAUAACAGAGCAGAGGAUCCUAUCUUCAGCAUGGCCACAGCUCUGAGAGCAGAUGAGGAGCGCAGCUACACCCGGAGGAUGAUAGCACCACCUGCUGCAUUGGAGAGCACUUUGCAAGACUCCACAGGCCAAGCAGAGGGAGCAGCCAUAACGGGUGGUUGGUUUGGACGAGGUUAUUCAAAAGCAAGGAAAAAGAAAAAAGUGGCUCUGUGA